GGGUUAGUUAUAGUGUAGCGAGCUGAACAUUUAUCCGUAGGCUAGUAAUGGCGACCUCUACCCCUGUUGCUACCAGGCAGUCCAGCCGGCGUAGCAGCAUGAGCACCCCGCUCAGCCCUACACGCAUCACCCGCUUGCAGGAGAAAGAAGACCUGCGGCACCUCAAUGACCGCCUGGCCGUCUAUAUAGACAAAGUGAGGAGCCUGGAGAGCGAGAACAGCGUCCUGCAGCUGCAGGUCACCGAGCGAGAGGAGGUGCGGAGCCGGGAGGUGACCGGCCUCAAGGAGCUGUAUGAGACCGAGCUAGCGGAUGCACGGAGGUCACUGGACGACACCGCUCGGGAGAGAGCCAAACUGCAAAUCGAUUUGGGCAAGCUCAAGGGGGACCAUGAUCAGCUCCUUCAUAGUUACUCAAAGAAAGAAGGUGAUCUUCAUUCAGCACAAGCCAGGAUUAAAGAACUUGAAGCUCUUCUCAGCUCCAAAGAUGCAGCAAUUUUCACUGUACAGAGUGAAAAUAAAUCGCUGGCGAUGGAAGUGGAUGACCUGAAAGCAGAACUAGCUCAGGUUGAAGCCACUCUGGCUCUGGCAAGGAAACAGCUUGGUGAAGAAACUCUGGCAAAAGUUGAGCUUGAAAAUCGUUGCCAGUCUCUUACAGAAGAGCUUGAUUUCCGCAAAAACAUCUACGAAGAGGAAAUAAAAGAAACCAGGCGACGACAUGAGACCCGCUUGGUUGAGGUGGAUUCUGGUCGCCAAGUAGAGUAUGAACACAAGCUUGCUCAAGCACUCACUGAGAUGAGAGUUCAGCAUGAUGAGCAAGUUAGCCUGUACAAAGAAGAAUUGGAGAACACCUACCAUGCUAAGUUGGAGAACGCUCGCCUGUGUCAGGAGAUGAGCAGUUCGUCUGCAAACAGCUCGCGUGAGGAACUUAUGGAAAGCCGCCUGCGCAUUGAGAACCUUACUUCCCAACUCUCAGAACUGCAAAAAGAGUCUAGGGCAUGGUAUGAUCGGAUACAAGAGCUCGAGGAAAUGCUGUCGAAGGAAAGGGACAAUAGCCGAAGAAUGCUGGCAGAAAGAGAGAGGGAGAUGGCUGAGAUAAGAGAUCAAAUGCAACAGCAGCUCAGUGACUACGAGCAACUUCUGGAUGUGAAGCUGGCCCUCGACAUGGAAAUCAGUGCCUAUAGGAAGCUGCUGGAAGGAGAAGAGGAGAGACUGAACCUAUCUCCAAGCCCAACUUCCCGUGUGACAGUGUCUCGAGCCUCAUCGAGCCGCAGUGUCCGCACCACUAGAGGCAAAAGGAAGAGAAUUGAUGUUGAGGAGUCUGAGGCCAGCAGCAGUGUAACCAUCGCCCAUUCUGCUUCUGCAACUGGCAAUGUCUGCUUUGAGGAACUGGAUAUUGAUGGCAAAUUUAUCAGGCUCAAAAAUAACUCUGAGCAGGAUCAACCACUAGGAGGAUGGGAGAUGACUAAAGUAAUUGGAGAAACAUCAGCAACUUACAAGUUUACCUCAAGAUAUGUGCUCAAAGCCGGCCAGACCGUAACGAUCUGGGCUGCAAAUGCUGGAGUUCCUGCAAGUCCACCAUCUGAUCUUCUCUGGAAGAACCAGAACUCUUGGGGAACUGGUGAAGAUGUGAAAGUAAUCCUGAACAAUCCUCAGGGAGAGGAGGUCGCUCAAAGAAAAACGGUGUAUACCACCACUAUACCAGAAGAGGAGGAGGAGGUGCUGGAGGAGGAGAUUUUGGAGGAGCUGGAAGAGCCUGUUCCAUCUAAAAAGGGAGCUGAUAGAGGCUGUGCCAUCAUGUAAAAAUCAAACUUCAAGCAAGUACCAUCUUACGAGAUCUGAGCCUUCAGGAAGCAUGGCCUAUUUUUGUAUUGGUGUUCAACUUCCAUGAUGCCAACCAUGGCCUUAUUUUCUUUUUUACAUUAAAUAACACAAAGGACCAUUUGUACUAGUGAAAGAUCUGUGACCUUUUUUGGAAAUGUGAAAUGACUAGUUUUGUGCGCUGUUUUUCUCUGAGUGACUAAUCCCAGGAGUGUGAUAUUCCUGAACAAGCGUCAGAUUUUAGAUUUUUAGUUUUUUAUCUUGUCACCUGUCCGUCACACAUGACUGAGCAGAGGCACUGUUCACUCGGGGAAUUUGCUUCCUGAUUUUGUACUGAACAUAUUUUCUAUUACAACUCCAGAACAUUGAAAUUGAACUUUGAAGAAAUAACCCUUUUUUGUUUUAUAAGGUUUUAUUUGUAUUUUGUGAAAAUGCAACUGUUUUACUGAACUUUUUAGGUUAGUGUGGUGGGUGGGUAAUGUAGCAAAUUUUAAAGACUGAAACCAUGGUUUACAGAAUAAAAUAAAAUUAUGGUUUUUA